CUGCCCGUGAAGAAACGCGGUGUGUUCAAACCCUGGUGGAGCUUAUAAACCAGCAGCAGCAGCAGCAGCAGCAGGAGGGGGGGCAGCAGUAACACCUGCCGCGGGUGCUUCCGACACCCUCCCUCCGCCUCUGGACCUACCCGCCCGACAUGGCUCUCAGCUCGGGCGGCUGGGCUCCUCCAGCCCCGGUUCCUGCUUCUUCGUCCCAGCAGGCUGCAUGCGGCAGCGGCAGCAGCAGCAGCGGCCCUCCGCUGACGGCUUGCUGCAGCACCGUGUUAAUGUCAGUCCGGGUUUCGGUGUGUCAUUCCGGGAUCCGUCCGCUGUGUCUCCCCGGAGCGGGCAGCGAGGCUCUGCGCCUACAGCUCAGCAUGGACCCGAGCCGGGCCGGAGAGUUCCGACUGGCUCUGCGUGACACGAGCGGAAACCGCAGUGUGUUCAUCGCAGACUUUGACCUGCGCUCGGUGCAAUACGAGGUCAAAUCCCCUCGCUGCCAUGAGAUGCGUCUCGCUGCUCCGCCCCACGACUGCAUCCGCUUCAACUUCCGCUGCGACCGCGAGGCCGAGGAGUGGGCCACGGUGGUGAUGUCAUCACUAAGGGAGGCACAUAGAGUUGCAAAUAUUAACACAUGUGAAUCAGAUGGCAGACUCAACCACACAGCAGCAGCUAUGGAGCAGUGGAGCUCGGCCUCGCUGCCGCUCACUGAGGAGCUUUGCUUGGAGCUCGCCAGGGCGAUUGAAGCCGGUGACACACAGGCCGCCUCGCAGCAUGCAUCCGCUCUGGCCAGGCAAAAAGCAGCACUGACGAUUCAGCUGUCUGAAAAGAACUACGCAGACGGAGAGAUCAGUUUAUCCGUGGUAGUGGAGGAUGUUUCGUCAUCCUGCUGUGUCACGGUCAAAGUCUUUCCAUACAUGACUGUGGCUGCACUCAAGCAACAGGUUUUUCUUGAGUACGGUUUCCAUCCUCGCGUGCAGCGCUGGGUGAUCGGUCAGUGCUUGUGCACCGAGCCGAGGUCACUGGCCUCCUACGGGGUGCAGAAGGACGGCGAUACAGCGUACCUGUACCUGAUCUCUGCACGGCAAGCCCGCAUCACCCGCCAGCUGUUCCAACAGGACCUGGAGAGCGCCCUCCUCGCCCCACCUCUCCCACCGGGAAACGGACCCACAUCCCAAGACUGGAGGGGUUACAGCACCUUGCCUUCGAGGCUUCCCCACAACAACCAGGGGAGCACAGGCGGAGGAAGCGACAGACCGGGUGACAUCAAAGAUGUCCUCGACAUUGAGCAUCUGCAGCUCAACGAUCACGCCAACAAAGGCAGCAAAACACAGACGGAGUGGGCUUGUCCCUCAUGCACUUUCAUCAACAAGCCGUCCCGUCCGGGCUGUGAAAUCUGCGCCACAGCCAGACCUGACACACACAUCCAGCAGGAGAGAGGGAGGAGAGAGGAUCGAGGAGAGUCUGGUUUAAGCAGCAGCAGCUGACUGCCCGUCAUCGCUGUCUGGCCGCCACGUCUACACUUAUUUACACACACACACACACACACACACAUACACAUGGAUGAGGAUGCUAGAUCUGCCAUGUACAUUUUGACAAAAUACUCACAUAAAGACUGCCAAGUGCACUGAGAGUCCUUCGACAGGCCGGCUGCUGCUGAAGACGUUUGAAGCACUGUAGCAUGACGCAGAGCUGCACUGGCCAGGGCUCAGACAUGAACUGCAGACAGAGGGCGUCAGCUUUGACCACUUACGGACACGACCAUGACAUACAUCAGAAUUCGGCCUGACCUCUUUGUUAUUUAUUUACAGGGUGUUACGUGUGUGUGCGUGCGUGUGGCAAACAACACAGACGGCCUAAUAUUUAUUUUAGGUGAGAGAGACAUGAUGUGCGUUUGCGUUUGAUUGCAGCUGAAGAUGAGGGAGACUUUCAGUUUCUGCCAGCUGUGAAGUAAGAGGAAAGCUGAAGCUGUUGUCAUCAGAUACUCUGUCUGCGUCAUCUGCCGGUGCCAUAAAUAAUGUUGGAAGCCAUGGCCGAGAAGAGACGGUGUGUUUACAGGGUUGUCAAGUGCUUUUAUUUUUUUAUAACAUUGUAUUAAGUGUAUUAUUUUUAACAAGAUGCAUUGAGUAGUUGAUGUACAUUUUAGCAGUUGAUCUAAUUUCACUCGAUUCCCUCUGAGCUGUGACAGCAAUGGAAUGAUUUUGUUUUCAGUACACGAUACUGUAAUAAACUUGCAUUAGCUGAAUAAACAUAAUGGAACUAAACAAA